GAUUUUGGCAAAUUCUAAUGCUGUGCGUCCUCACUAAGUGUCUGUCAAAGUUCUGUCAAGAAAUUGGAGUGCCUAAUUUAUUUUCUCAUCUGAAAAUUGGUUUUCACUGAACGAUCAAGGUGUUAAGUGGUUUUUAGCAGCGGUAAGAAGCACUGAGUUAACGUCUUAAAAGAAUUCAGCCAGCAAAAAUUAGCAGAAGUGAUUCCUUACAAUGGCCGACAUGCCCGACCUAAACGGCGAUGACUUUUUCAACCAGGAGGAAAAAGAUGCAUCAAUGAACGCGGAGUUUCCAUUUGAGACCCUAGCCACCGGGUCCGAGGAGCCCGAAACUGCAGCUUCCGAGACUGCAGCUCCCGAAACUGCAGCUCCCGAGACUGCAGCUCCCGAGAAGGCGGCUACCACCGCCAAGGAUGAGAAGCCGGAGAUCGAGGCGGAACCAGCUGCCAACACCGAUGUGAAGGGCCUGGAGAAGGACUCCAAGGACGGGGAAUCCCCCAAGAAAACCGACUCAGAUCUGGAAGCCGACGACGAGGACAAGGAAAACGUAAAGCGCCAUGCUCAGGGUUUGGUGGAUGAUACGGACGCUCCACAGGCUAAGCGAGCAAAGCCCGACGAGAAGGAGCCGGAGCCCCAAACCGAGGUCCCUGCUGACCUUGCCUAAGGGCCACCUCUACACAACGCAACUACUUCAAUAACUUCACACAACAUCAACAUGCAGACAAUUCUAAAUUGCAUUUCAUUUAACUACUACGUUGUACUUAAACUAAAUCAACACUCA